AUGUCGCAAGUAUUGGCACCGUUCCAAUUACUGGAACUAAAUGUUAUCUCAACGCAGGAUUUGGCUUCCGUAGGAAGAAACAUGAGAACCUACGCGGUUGCAUGGGUUCAUCCCGAUAGAAAACUUUCCACACGUGUGGAUACAGAAGGCCGCACCAAUCCAACAUGGAACGACAAAUUUGUGUUCCGCGUCGACGAUGAGUUUCUAUACAACGACACUUCCGCGAUCAUGAUUGAGAUCUACGCUUUGCAUUGGUUUAAAGAUAUCCACGUUGGUACCGUUUGUGUCCUCGUCGGGAAUCUUAUUCCUCCGCCAGCUAGACCUUUUCAUACCAACCGUGCUCCUCUCGGUAUGCGGUUUGUCGCUCUUCAGGCUCGUCGGCCUUCCGGGAGGCCUCAGGGGAUUCUUAAUAUCGGUGUAACGGUUUUGGAUAGUUCCAUGAGGAGCAUGCCGCUUUAUACUUUGAAUGCCUCUGCGGUUGGCUGCCGGCAUUUGAUGGGAGAAAAAGAUGCUUAUGAUAGCCAUAAUCAUCUUAGUCCUCAUGUUUUGGCUGCUGGCGGUGGUGGUGGUGGAGGUGCUGGUAAACCUGAACUUCGACGAACGAAAAGUGAUACAAGUUCUGUUAUUGCAUGCGAAGCAGUUUUGCGUCACCAACGUGCUAUUAUUAAUAAGGAAAGAGCUAGUUCUGCAAUUUCUGGUUCUGAAGUUGGCUAUAAUAAAGUGAAUAAAAACAAGAAAAAGAAGAAGAAAAAUAAGAAGAAAAAGUCCUCCAAUGAAGAAGCUAGUUCUAUCAUUAGCAGUGUUUUCAGCGACGCCGUUGUUCCAUGGAUAAUUAAAAAUGGAAAAGCAAGUUCUACUCCUGAUUCACGCGUGCAACCGCCGCAACCACCACCACGCUAUAAUGAUGACGAACACCACAACAAUGACGAAAAUGAUAUUGAUCAUCAUCAUGAUCAUUAUCAUGAUGAUAAUGAUAUUGAUGAUAACGAGAAGGAUGUUUCGUUUGUGAACACUAUUUCUCAAGCUACAAGAGACACUGAUAUUAAUGAUAAAGUGAUGGGUCUUAAAGCACAAAAUAGCAAAGAAAUGGAUAAAACAGUGUGA